AUGGUUACUCCUGGGACGGCAACAUUAAAGUGUAUAAUCCAUAUAGCAUUUUGCAGUUUUUUCGAGAAUUUUGAAUAUGAAAAUUUUUGGAUUCAAAAAGGGAAAACCGAAUUUUUAGCUAGAUUGAUUGGUACGGAGCAUGUCAUAGAUCAAAUCACGAUAGAGAAGAGAUUAGUUGUACCUGACCUUCCCGUUUCAUUACUAUUCCAAACUGGCUAUUUAACUAUCAAACAACAGAAAAUAGAUGAUGAUGACGAACAGAGUUUAGUUCUCGAAAUUCCAAAUGCCGAAGUGAAAGAGGCGAACUCUGGGUUCUUGGAUAGAGGAGAGUCAAAAUUCUAUAAUCGAUUAUUGUAG